AUGUCGUCCGAACAAGCCGACGCUGUGAACGUGGCCGAGGGCGCCCCCGAGCAGAGCCUGCCCUCCCGCCCCGCCAAGCAGCCCAAGGAGAAGAAGCCCGCCAAGGGUGGAAAGUCUUCUGGCCUUGAGCUACCAGAUCUCCCCGAGUUCAUUCAGCACCGACUCGACCUCUUCGACAAGAUCAAGGCUCGACAGGAGGCCGAAAUCGCUGAGAAACCUCGCGAGGAAAUCAUCAUCUCUCUUCCCAAUGGCAAGGAGCACACCGGAACCUCGUGGGAGACCACCCCCUUCUCCAUCGCCAAGGGCAUCUCCAAGUCGCUCCUUGAGCGCACCGUCAUCUCCCUCGUCGACGGCGAGCUGUGGGAUCUGACCCGACCCCUCGAGAAGAGCUGCAAGCUCGAGCUCCUCGAUUUUGAGCACCCCGAAGGCAAGAAGGUCUUCUGGCACUCGUCUGCCCACAUUCUCGGAGAGGCUGCCGAGCGACGCUUUGGAUGCUACCUCUGCAACGGUCCCCCCACUGAGGACCCCCCAGGUUUCUACUAUGAUAUGGCCAACAUGGGAGAGCAAGUGAUUGCCGACGAGGACAAGAAGGCUCUGGAGCAGCUCUCCAACAGCAUCAUCAAGCAGAAGCAGCCUUUUGAGCGCCUCGAGAUGACCAAGGAUGAGCUCCUCGAGAUGUUCAAGUACAGCAAGUACAAGGAGUAUUUCAUCAACCAGCGAGUCCCCGAUGGCACAAAGAGCACUGUCUACCGCUGUGGACCCCUGAUUGAUCUGUGCCGUGGACCUCAUGUUCCUACCACCGGCAACAUCAAGGCCUUUUCCGUUCUCAGGAACUCUGCCGCCUACUGGCUUGGUGACAGCAACAACGAGUCCGUCCAGCGAAUUGCUGGUAUCUCAUUCCCCGACAAGAAGCAGCUCGAGGAGUACAAGCACUUCCUGGCCGAGGCCGCCAAGCGCAACCACCGAAAGAUUGGCCAGGACCAGAAGCUCUUCUUCUUCGACGAGGUGUCUCCUGGAUCCACCUUCUUCCUGCCGCACGGUGUGCGCAUCUACAAUGCCCUGAUGGACCUCCUCAAGGGCGAGUACCGGAAACGUGGCUUCACUGAGGUCAUGUCCCCCAACGUGUACAAGGCGGAUCUGUGGAAGAUCUCUGGUCACUGGGGCCACUACGAGGAGAACAUGUUUACCUUUGACGUCGAGAAGGAGCGAUAUGGCCUGAAGCCCAUGAACUGCCCCGGACACUGCAAGAUCUUUGCCCACUCGGACGUCACUUACAAGGACUUGCCAUGGAGGAUGGCCGAUUUCGGUGUGCUGCACCGCAACGAGUUCUCUGGUGCACUGUCUGGUCUUACCCGAGUCCGUCGUUUCCAGCAGGAUGAUGCCCACAUCUUCUGUACUGUGGACCAGAUCCGAGAUGAGAUCGAGUCUGCCUUUGACUUCCUGAGCGCCGUGUACGGCCUGUUUGGCUUCUCUUUCAAGCUCAAGCUCUCUACCCGUCCUGAGAAGUACGUUGGUGACAUCGCCACCUGGGAUAUUGCCGAGCAGAAGCUUCAGGAGGCUCUGGAGUCGUUUGCCCAGAAGAACGACGCCAAGUGGGAGUUCAACCCUGGUGAUGGUGCUUUCUACGGCCCCAAGAUCGACAUCACUCUAUACGAUGCCCUUCGCCGAGACCACCAGUGCGGUACCAUUCAGCUCGACUUUAACCUUCCCCGGCGAUUCAAGCUCCGAUAUGUGGCCGCCAAGGACGAGAGCGGAGUCAGCGACGGCAGCGACCCCUCGGAGGAUCUCCCUGCGGGAUACUCGCGCCCUGUCAUGAUUCACCGUGCUGUGCUGGGCAGCUUUGAGCGAAUGUUUGGUGUGCUGGCAGAGCACUUUGCGGGCAAGUGGCCUUUCUGGCUCAGCCCCCGACAGAUCCUGGUUGUACCCGUUAUGCCUGCGGUGAACGACUACGCCAAGGAGAUCCAGCAGAUCUUCCAGGAGAAGGAGCUGUACAUUGACGUUGACCUCAGCGGCAACACCUUCCAGAAGAAGAUCCGUACUGGUCAGCUGGAGCAGUACAACUUUAUCUUUGUGGUUGGUGCUGAGGAGGCCAAGUCGCGCACCGUCAACAUCCGCAACCGAGACGACCAGGCUACCCAGACCAAGGGUGAGCUGGUGCCGAUCGACGAGGCCCUUGAGUCUCUUGUCAAGCUCAAGGUUGAGCGACGUCUGGAGAACAAAAUGUAA